GAGAGAGAGUGUCAACAUUCUCACCACCGCUGGAUGUAAAUAAACCCGGCGUGGUGCACCGUUCACCAAUCACCGCACAGACUUCACCAUUCAUCAUUCACCAGUCACCACACAGCAAGGAAGUGACCUGAGAGUGAUAGCAAGGCAGUAUAGUCACCAGCAGAGGUCACCAAGGCACCAAACAUGACCACCAGUCGCCCCAGAGUACAGGUCCUCAAUUUGCCAGAAGAGGAGAGUGACGAGUUGAAGAUAACGCCCUUAGGGUCGGGUCAAGAGGUGGGCAGGUCAUGUCACUUCCUGGAGUUCAAAGGAAAGAAAGUCCUGUUGGACUUCGGCAUACACCCGGCACUGACUGGCAUGAACGCGCUCCCUUUCUCCGACUACAUAGACCCGGAGCAGAUUGACCUGAUGCUGGUGUCACACUUCCACCUGGACCACGCGGGGGGCCUGCCGUGGUUCCUCAUGCACACUCGCUAAGGGCGCUGCUACAUGACUCACCCCACCAAGGCCAUCUACAAGUGGCUCCUCUCUGAUUACAUUAAAGUCAGCAACAUAGCCACAGAACACAUGCUAUACUCGGAGAGCGACCUGGAGGCGUCACUCAACAAGAUCAACGUCAUCAACUUCCACGAGGAGAAGGAGGUGCAGGGGAUUAAGUUCUGGUGCUACCACGCCGGCCAUGUGCUGGGGGCGGCCAUGUUCAUGAUACAGAUCGCUGGUGUGAAGAUCCUUUACACCGGGGACUUCUCGCGGCAGGAGGACCGACACUUAAUGAUGGCCGAGAUACCACAGAUCAGGCCGGACGUGUUAAUGAUUGAGUCAACGUACGGGGUGAGCAUCCACGAGCCCAGGGAGAGCCGAGAGUCACGCUUCACCAACACCGUCCAUACCAUUGUGACGAGAGGAGGCCGCUGUCUCAUCCCUGUGUUUGCCCUCGGCCGUGCUCAGGAGCUGCUCUUGAUUCUUGAUGAGUACUGGCAGCAACACCCAGAGCUACAUGAGGUGCCUAUCUACUAUGCCUCAGCCUUGGCCAAGAAGUGCAUGAGUGUCUACCAAACCUACACACACGCCAUGAACGAGAGGAUCCAGCGACAAAUUUCCAUCAGUAACCCCUUCCAGUUUAAGCACAUCUCCAAUCUUAAGGGUAUGGACCAGUUUGAGGACAUUGGGCCGUGUGUGAUCAUGGCGUCCCCUGGCAUGAUGCAGAGCGGACUGUCCCGGGAGCUGUUUGAAAUGUGGUGUCCUGAUCCUAAGAACGGCGUCAUCAUUGCUGGGUACUGUGUGGAAGGUACGCUGGCUAAGGAAAUCCUGAAGGAGCCAGAGGAAGUGACCACAAUGUCGGGUCAGCGGCUCCCUAUGAAGUGUUCAGUGGAGUACAUCUCUUUCUCUGCCCACACUGACUUUGAGCAGACCACACACUUCAUCCGCACCAUCCACCCCCCUAAUGUGGUACUGGUGCACGGGGAGAUGACGGAGAUGUCUCGCCUCAAGUCGGCCCUGGAGCGGGAGUAUGAGACGUGCACCGACAACCCCGUCAAGGUGUUUAACCCUAAGAACCUCGAGACGGUCACCUUUCACUUCAGGGGGGAGAAGAUGGCUAAGGUGAUGGGGGAGCUGGCCAUGCAGAAACCCAAGGAAAACAGUGUUGUGUCUGGAAUUCUUAUCAAACGCAACUUCAACUGUCACAUCAUCUCGCCGAGGGAUUUAGGAAAGUACAGUGAGCUCUCCGUGUCCACCAUCACCCAGCGGUCUAGCCUUCACUACACCGGGUCCUGGGCACUGCUCCACUACCUGCUGGCCUCAAUGUACGGCAGUGUGGAGGUGGUGCUCUCCGAUGGGGCUGAGAGCCAGUCACUGCGGGUGUUUGAUGUGGUGAUGGUGACCCAGGAACCUCCUGUCGUGGUGAUUGAGUGGGUAGCGAGUCCGACAAGUGACAUGUACGCCGACGCAGUGAUGAAGGUGAUCUUGAAGGCGCAGGAGCUGGACACUGCCGGCGUCACUGUCCCCUCCGUCAGCAGUGCCGUGUUUGACAGGAUGCACUUCAAGGAGUGUUUAAUCGAGCUCUUCCAAGAAAUGUUCGGAGAGGAUUCUGUGCCCAAGAUCUUCAAGGGAGAGAAGAUUUAUGUAUCGGUGGACAAUGUAAAGGCUAAUGUGGACCUUGUGAGCUUGAAAGUGACGUCAGAGAAUGAGAAACUGGAGCGCGUGGUGCAGACAGCAGUCACCAAGCUGUUCCAGUCACUAGCACCUGUUACUGUCACCAUGAAGCACUGAGGGGGCUGGGGGGGGCAGGGAGAGAGAGAGAGAGAGAGAGAGAGAGAGAGAGAGAGAGAGAGACAAACAAUUCAGUAAUAUUAACCCCUUCAGUACUGGGACACAUUUUACCUUGAGUUUUGUGUACCAUUAGAUCAUUUUAUUGACAUUAGUAAGGGUGUAUGGAGGGCAGAAGAUUAAUGGCCACAGUCUUCACUAUUUUAACUCCCUCGUGAGCCUCUGGAGCUGUGGAAAGUCACCAAAUAGUCACCAGAAUGAACAUGGAAACAUGUCCUGGUACUGAAUGGGUUAAGACAAGGGAGUAUCUCUUUAAUUCUGCCUCAUGCUGGAACACAUUUGGGCAAGGCAAGUGUGGCCAGACCUGUUUUUUAAUAAUAGUAAUAGAAAAAAAAUAAAACAUGAAUACUUUGUGUAAAAUGAAUAAAUAUGAGCAGUAUUCUUUUAAA